UUUGAGGCGAGAAAUAUAUCCGUAUAUAUUACUUCUGUGAAAGGUUUCUCUUACUGUGAAUCCUACACACUGGACCUUUAUUAGGCGAAGGCAACAGCAGUCUGUUGGGCUAAGUGCAUGUACACACUAUACUCCUUUUUUACAUGAAAACUUGGGAAGUGACUGAUAAAGUGUGCUGUGACUGGACCACUCCUUCCCUGCAUUGAGACACUCCUUCAUAUGACCUGUUCCACAGUCUUUGUUUGAGGCAGCUGUAAAACCUGCACCUUGAUUUGUUUACCACUUGCCUUCAAGAGGAGUGGAGACGAGCUCUGUCACUCAACUCCACUCAAACCCUGCAUUAGCCACACUUUACUCUGAGAGGACAGGAGGAAGGAUUUCAAAUCAAAAUGGUCAGUUAAAAGAAAGAACAACAAACACAAUAAGUGUUACAACUUGGAAACUGCAGGUAGGCAGGGCUUCAAAGUGGAGACGUCAACCACUUUCUUGGGUGCAGUGUAGUCAUGUAUAGUUGGAAGCGUUCGUUCCAUCUUUACUCGAACAAAGAGAAGCAGAAGAAGAGGACUGUGGUAUCAUCUUCUACAGAUGAUGAGGAAUUACGUCAACUCCUGCAGCUAUACAAAAGCAACAAGAUUCGAACGACAAAGUAUUCUCUCCUUUCGUUUUUGCCUAAGAAUAUGUUUGAGCAGCUCCAUCGCUUUGCCAAUAUCUACUUCAUCUUCCUUGCUGCUCUCAACUUUGUUCCUGUGGUGGAGGCCUUCCAGCCUGAGGUUGCUCUUGUCCCUAUCGUACUGGUACUGACAGUGACAGCUGUGAAGGAUAUGUGGGAAGACUACAGCAGGUUUAAGUCGGAUCGUUUCAUAAACGGGCUUCUGUGCCAUGUUUACAGCAGCAAGCAGAAAGAGUAUGUUGAGCAAUGCUGGAAGGAUGUGCGAGUGGGAGACUUCAUCUGUCUGUCGUGUAAUGAAAUCAUUCCUGCUGACAUGCUGCUGCUCUAUUCUUCUGACCCCCGUGGGGUUUGUUACAUUGAGACUGCCAACCUGGACGGAGAGACCAACCUGAAACAAAGACAGGUCAUUCCAGGGCUUCCUCUGCAGGGAGGAGAAUUCACCCCCGAAAACUUCCACAGUCGUAUUGAGUGCGAGAAUCCGAACAAUAACUUUAGCAGGUUCAGAGGCUACAUGGAGCAUUCCAGUGGGGUUCGUGUUGGCCUGCACAACAACAACCUCUUGUUAAGGAGCUGCACUAUCCGCAACACUGAGACUGUGAUAGGCAUCGUAAUCUAUGCCGGCCACGAGACUAAAGCCAUGAUGAAUAACAGUGGGCCGAGGUACAAGUGCAGCCAUCUGGAGAAGCGUCUGAACACAGACGUUCUGUGGUGUGUGGCCCUGCUCAUCAUUAUGUGUCUGACUGCUGCUGUAGGUCACGCGCUUUGGCUGAAGAACAUAAAAGACCCUGUGUUUGUGAUUGAUGUGGAGACACCUCCUGCCUUGGCUGGAUUCUAUAUCUUUUGGACCAUGAUCAUUGUGUUGCAGGUGCUCAUUCCCAUAUCUCUGUACGUCUCCAUUGAAAUCGUGAAACUGGGUCAGAUCUAUUUCAUCCACAAUGACAUAGACUUGUACAAUGAGCUGCUGGACUCCAGGAUUCAGUGUCGAGCCCUCAACAUCACGGAGGACCUGGGUCAGAUCCAGUAUCUGUUCUCUGAUAAGACAGGAACUCUGACAGAAAACAAUAUGGUGUUCCGCCGCUGCAGUAUCUUUGGGGUUGAAUAUCCUCAUGAGGAAAAUGCACGGAGGCUGGAGGUGUGUGCGGUGGAGAACAAGGCUGCUGGUCACACAAUGACUCUGAGGUCAGGCUGCAGUAGAAAAUCUCUGAGCUGUCGCUCCCUCAGCUGCAACCGCAGCUCUGUGUCUCUGCACACCCUUACUGCUGAGUCGGAAGGAGAGGAGGACCCACUGUCCAAUCACAUUCAGGCCACAACCAGAACCAGUGCCUUCUACAGCCACAUGGAGAAGGAGGUUGUGCCAGACCCUGAGCUUGUGAAGAAGCUGAACUGGUUUUGCUCUCCCGUGCUACCUCUGAAAGAGGGCUCCUCUGGAACCUCAUCCAGCCUUGAGCUCACCUACAUCACUGACUUCUUCCUGGCACUGACCAUCUGUAACAGUGUGGUGGUCUCCUCGUCCAGUCAGCCACGGCAUGUGGUACCUGAAGCAAGAAUGCCUCUAAAGUCACUGGAGGAAAUCAAGAUGAUGUUCCAGCGCUUCAGCUUCUCUCCGUUCACAGCCUUGUCCACCCUGUCCCCACACCAGGUCAAAGGCAGUCCUCGCAGCUUCACCAGCAGGCUAUUCACUCGAGGGAAGACUGAAUUCCUCACCUCCUCCACACCACCUAACAGUUCUACAAGUGAAACAGAUCCAGGGAAAGAGAGCAACUUGGAAACCUCUAUUCUGAGGGAUAAAGUGGACUUACCUUCACAAGAGAAGGGAGGAAAUUCUGGACCUGUGGAGGAUGAUAUCAAGGAUGCAAAGACCACAGACAUUUGUUGUGGGGCUGGACCGGAUUUGGAAACAGACUAUGAUAGUGAUGCUGAUGAUGACCUGCUGUAUGAAGCAGAGAGUCCAGACGAGGCAGCUCUGGUGCAUGCAGCACGGGCGUACCGCUGCACUCUGAGGGGACGCUCUGCAGAAAGCCUGCUGGUGGAUCUGCCUGGAAUUGGCUCUCUGUCUGUACAGCUGCUUCAUAUCCUGCCCUUUGAUUCCAACAGGAGGAGGAUGUCAGUGGUAGUCCGACACCCACUCACAGGACAGGUGGUAGUUUACACCAAGGGAGCCGACUCUGUCAUCAUGGAUUUGGCUGAGACACCUAAAGGUGAUGACCAAGCACAAGAGAUCGACUGUCACAUCAAAGAACAAACCCAAAAACAUCUAGACAGCUAUGCCAGAGAGGGCCUCCGCACACUCUGCAUUGCUAAGAAGGUUUUGGAGGAGGAGGAGUACGAAGUGUGGCUGAGGAGACAUGUGCUGGCAGAAAGCAGUAUUGACCACAGAGAGGAGCUGCUGCUCGAGUCAGCUGAGAGACUGGAGACAAACCUUACCUUGCUGGGUACCACAGGCAUUGUGGACAGAUUGCAAGAGGAAGUCCCAGAGACCAUUGAAGCUCUUCAGAGGGCUGGGAUCAAAGUCUGGAUCCUCACUGGAGACAAACAAGAGACAGCCAUUAACAUUGCUUAUGCCUGCAAACUCCUAGGACCCUAUGACCAACUGCUGAGAGCCAACUGCGGAAGCAAGGAAGCUUGUUCAGCUUUUCUUGACGAGCUCAAACUAGAAGUGCAGCAUGGUCAAGAGAGUUUGACUGACGGGGUUGAGGCAGAAGAUCAUGAGGAAUCCUCCUCACGCAGCUUUAUUCUGGUUAUUGAUGGCAAGACACUGGACUGGGCUCUUCAGGAAGAACUACAAAGUGACUUUGUGGAGCUGAGCCGCAAAUGCAAGGCAGUCAUCUGUUGCAGGUCCACUCCACUGCAGAAGAGCCAGGUGGUUCGGCUGAUUCGGGACCAGCUUCGCGUCAUGACCCUGGCCGUGGGUGAUGGAGCCAAUGAUGUAAGCAUGAUUCAAAUGGCUGAUGUGGGCAUUGGGAUAUCUGGUCAGGAGGGACUGCAGGCUGUGAUGUCCAGUGACUUUGCUGUCUCCAGAUUUAAACACCUCAGCAAGCUGCUGCUAGUUCACGGUCACUGGUGUUACUUUCGUCUUGCGAACAUGAUCCUCUACUUCAUCUACAAAAAUGUGAUGUAUGUGAAUCUGCUGUUCUGGUAUCAGUUCUUCUGUGGCUUCUCUGGGAGUGUGAUGACCAAUGCCUGGGUGCUGAUCUUCUUCAACCUGCUCUUCACCUCCAUUCCUCCUCUCAUCUAUGGCAUUCUAGACAGAGACUUGCCUGCAGACUCUUUGAUGGCAGUUCCUGAGCUCUACCAGAAUUCACACACCUCCAAGCUCCAUCUUCCCUACAUGUUCUGGAUCACAGUCCUGGAUGCGUUUUACCAAAGCCUUAUCUGCUUUUUUAUACCUUACUUUGCACUGACAGGAUCAGAUGUUGGAGUGCUGUCAUUUGGAUCUCCUAUCAAUGCCUCAGCUCUGCUGAUCGUCUUGCUGCACCAAGUCCUGGAGAGUCACACUCUGACGUGGAUUCAUGUCUUGGUGCUGUUGCUCAGUGGUGGCUCCUACUUUGGCUUUGUGCUGCUCUUCAGUGUCUACUGUGUGACCUGCAGCCCCCCCACCAACCCUGUUGGAGUAGAAACUCUCCAAAUGUCUCAGCCUCUCUUCUUCAUCAUAUGUGCGAUCACAACUGUGACAGCACUGUUACCCAGGAUGUUUUUUCAAGCUUUACACAACACUGUUCUCUGCUCUGCCGCCCUGAAUUCCUCUCACUUGGACAAAGUGGAGUCAGAGAAGUAUCGGCAGAGAAUGCAGCACUGGAACCGGGGCCACUCCAAAGGCAACAGGCUGUCUGUGUGUGUCGACAAUCCUGGUCUGGAGGCCAGUGCGGCCUCAGUUGUGUCUUGACCUCCCUCCACAGUCUACAUACACUCAAUGACCGAGUUAUGUCAAGUCAGGAGACAAUGUUAACAUAAGCAGCCAAGCUGAUGUAGUAGGAGUUACUCUGGAUUGAUAUGCACCUUAAAAGCCACUGUUGCACUGCUAGUGAAAGUGACCAAACAUGGAAUUCAUAGCUUUCAACCACAACACAUUGCCUCGAACAGUUACUAUGGCGAUAGCUGAUACUUGAACAAAGGCAGGGAUUAGUCCAUCCACAUUAAUCUAUGUCUGCCAAGUUAGCACCUGUUUUGGAGCAUUAGAUCACAGAUACUGGAUCUGUGAUCUUGACUUCUUAUGACUCAAUGACGAACUAACAACAACAACACAGACAUGUUUACAGUCUCCUGAGCUGUACACAGAGUGAGGAUGUACAACUAUUUCCGUCUGUGGUGUCCACUGGGGGGAAAAAAAAUAGUAAACGGUACAAUAGGCAAGAUUGUUGAAACCACUGUUGUACCAAUUAGCUGCAAAAGUGUAAAUUAAGUAGGAAAGUAUGUCAUGAGAGUUCCAGGAAUAGGGAUUCCUUGGUUCUGUUUGCACAUAAAAUGUGUGUGUCUGUCUGAGCUCAGGACAGGGAGUUGUGAACCCAAACUGAGGCUGAAAUUAAACAACUUGUUCCAGCAAUCCUGCCUACUGCAGCUUGAUGAAUUAACUGACUUAUCAGAUUUUGUUUAUUUAUGUUCUGAUGUGUGUUACUGUAAUGAUGAUUCUCCAUAUUGAACCCCAUUGAGCCAUCAACAAAGACUGCAGUUUACAUGUGUAAAAUAAAGGACAGAAAAGAAAACCUGAGCUGCUUUUAUAUUGUUAAUAUGUGGUCCUCCAACUAAAUAAAACUUGUUUUUAGCUGUGCUGCAGGUCAAAGUUAAGUGAUGUAAUGACAUGGUCACACAACGGAAAUCCUGCUAAUAUGCAAAAUUUUGUUUGUUGCACUUAAUAAACUUUUGGUGCUUUUCCA